AUGUCUGGUGAAAGUGUAUUUAAUCUUAUUGAACCAGAGGUGGAAGUCGCUCCCCCACAACCGCGUCACAAGUCCAAGUUCAGCGGAAAGCGAGCAGCGCCGCCAACAGCGUCCACAUUUGGCAUUCACGGCACAAGUGCGGUUGUGGCAAAUAUGGGCGGAGAAGUAACGGAACCAUCAAUUCACCCGGCGAAAAAACCGAUUGGGAUCUUUGGGCGAGAUGCCGCCUCCACUGUGAAUCCUGAAAACUUUCUCAAGAAGAACGAAGGUCCAAAUACGGCAAGUCGCGGAGCACCAACAGUAAACAAUACAAAAUUUUUAAAAAGUACGAAGGAUAUUGUUAAACGAAAGGAUGAUAUUCCUAGUAGAUAUGAUAAACCUAUUAUGGGACUAAAAACAGACAAAAAUUAUGUGGUGGCAAAUGCUGUUGAAAACGUUCUUGCUAUACCCACUAAAUGCAUUCCUCCGCCACAGAAUCGUGCAGUAGAUCGCGUCGACUUUGGUAAAGUACCUGCUUAUUUGGAAGAUAUUAAAGCAGAGAUUGAAGAGCGCCACGCCUUAGUGCAGAGGCUUCAGGCUGCGCAACGUGAGGAACAAGAGAGGUGGUCUGAACUUUCAUCAGAGGAACUCGAACGGCUUCGACAAGGAUUGCAACGUCGUUGGGACUUCCUUAAUUCAGAAUACCAGUCUAGAGGUUUUAGCAAACUGCAAACCCCCUCACAAAAGGCCCAUCAUGAGGCAAUUGGGAAGGAACUUAAUGCGGUAGAGUUUGCAAUGCAGAAAUUAAGCCGUGCACACGUAUUUGUGUAUGACGACCAGCGAUAG